UCGAGACGGAGGGAUGGGGAGAAGAAGGCUGCCAGGUGAGAAUGGCUCCGCGGACGGCGCGCUGCUAGGGCUGCGGGGCUCCGCGGGGCUCGGCGCUCUCCGAUAGCCGUGUCCGGACCGGGUCCGGACCGGGUCCGGGGCGGGUGGGCGCGAGGACCGCGAGCCGGCGGGCGACCUCCUCUGCUCCUGCUGCUGCUGGCUACGCGCGCGCGGACCGAGGGACUGACGGACGGACGGACGGACGGACGGAAGGCGCGCGGGGCUCUGCGGCGCUGCAGCCGGGCGAAGGGGCCGGAUGCCAUCAGCGCAAGGGAAGCCCUGAGGUCGGCCCCUGUGUCUAUGCGGUUGCGCUUUAAGGUCGCGCCUCGGUGUGUGCCGGUGGGGGAUGGGCGCUGGGCGCGCCCCCGGAACACACAGAAUUCCCAGGAACCGCGCGCUGGCCGACCGGUGACGUUCGAGAUGAGAGAGGUGGGCCGGAGCCCAGCGGGCGCGCUGACGGACCGGCGCCGCCGCGACGUGUGAGCCAUGCGCGGGAUGGCCUCCCUGGAGCUGCCGUACCGCUGCCCUCGCUGCGGGGACCACAAGCGCUUCCGGAGCCUGUCCUCUCUCCGCGCCCACCUGGAGUACAGCCACACCUACGAGACCCUCUACGUGUUGUCCAAGUCCAACAGCAUCUGUGACGCCGCAGCCCUCGUGCCCCUGGUGAGCGACGGGCCCCUGCUGAGCCAGGCUCGGGCACCCCGCGACGCUGUCGAGCGCGCCUCCUUCGGCGCCAAGGAGCGCCACGCGCCCUACGAGCUCCCGAGCGCCGAAGAGCUGAGCCUCGCCGCCACCGCCCGCUACAUCCCCAAUGUAGAGAUCCCCCUGAGCGAGAUCUUCAUCAAGAAAGCCAUGAGCUCAGCCAACCCGGGUAGCGGCGCCCCCACCAGCACUGCCGUCGCCGUGGCCGCAAACGUGGCCGCCAGCGCCGUGGAGGCCGCUUACGAGGAGGGCCUGGCCCGCUUCCGCGUGCGUGCCCUGGAGAAGCUGGAGCUGGACGAGCGGCUGGAGAAGCUGUCGGAGGAGGUGGAGCAGAAGAUCGCGGCCCGCGUGGGGCGCCUGCAGGUGGAACUCGAGAAGAAGAGCUCGGAGCUGGAGAAGGCCAAGCAGGAGAGCGUGCGGCUCAGCAAGGAGAAGCAAGACCUGGAGGACAAGGCGUCGGAGCUGUCUCGCCAGGUGGAUGUCUCCGUGGAGAUGCUGGCCAGCCUCAAGCAGGACCUGGUCAGCAAGGAGCAGGAGCUCUCCCACAAACAGCAGGAGGUGGCCCAGAUUGACCAGUUCCUGCAGGAGACAGCGGCACGGGAGGCCAACGCCAAGGUGCGUCUGCAGCAGUUCAUCGAGGAGCUGCUGGACCGUGCCGACCGAGCUGAGAAGCAGCUGCAGAUCAUCAGCAGCUGUGGAACCACACCCAACGGCAGCCUGGGGCACUGCAGCGUCCCGGGGUCAAAGGGCACCGGCCGCCAGAGAAACUCGAGUGUUUCAGUCAUGUCCCGGGGGGUGUACCAGGUGUCUGACCGCCGGCCAUCUCCCAGCACUGGGGUGUCAGGACGGGUGAAGUCGGUCUCCCAGGGCUCGGUGGGCUACGACAGCGACAGCGUGGAGAUGCAGCCCCUGGAUGAGUGCGUGGAGGCACAGUACUACCACGUGCAGUGCCGAUUGGGCGAAGGCGCCCACGAGCGGGUCUCCCGCAGCUGGGCUCUGCGCAAGCAGGCCAUCCAAAACUGGCAGCGGCGGCCCUACCGCAACAGCACUGAGGGCGAGGAGGGAGAUGUGUCCGACGUGGGCUCCCGCACCACUGAGUCCGAGGCAGAGGUCUGGGAGCAGGAGCGCCGCACCUCCUCUGACACACACCACUGUGCUGGCAACCGGGUCGGCUAUCGUCUGGGCACAGGCCGGUCGCAGGACCGUCACCAGAAGAAUAGCCCAUCCAGGAGCGAGGUGAUCAGCCCCGAGGUGCUGAAGAUACGUGCUGCUCUCUUCUGCAUCUUCACCUAUCUGGACACCAAGGCGCUGCUGCGUGCGGCCGAAGUGUGCCGCGACUGGAGGUUUGUGGCCCGCCACCCAGCCGUGUGGACCCGGGUCCUGCUGGAAAACUCCCGCAUCACCUCCAAGUUCCUGUGCACCCUGUCACAGUGGUGCACGCAGACGCACUCGCUCAUUCUGCAGAACCUCAAGCCGAGGCAGAGAGGCAAAAAAGAGACCAAGGAGGAGUACUUGAAAAGCACACGGGGGAGUCUGGAGGAGGGUCUCGAGGCGCUGCUGAAGGCCACUGGGAGUAACCUGCUCAUCCUGAAGAUUUCACACUGUCCCAACCUGCUGACGGACCGCUCCCUGUGGCUGGCCAGCUGCUACUGCCGUGGCCUACAGGCCGUCACCUACAGGAGCGCCACGGAUCCCGUGGGACAGGAGGUCAUCUGGGCGCUGGGGGCUGGUUGCAGAGACAUCAUCUCACUGCAGGUGGCACCACUCCAUCCCUGCCAGCAGCCAGCCCGCUUCAGCAACCGAUGCCUGCAGACCAUUGGCCGCUGUUGGCCGCACCUCCGGGCCUUGGGAGUGGGUGGGGCCGGGUGUGGCAUGCAGGGUCUGGCAUCACUGGCCCGCAACUGCAUGCGCCUGCAGGUUCUGGAGCUGGACCACGUGAGCGAGGUCAACCAGGAGGUGGCGGCCGAGGUCUGCAGAGAGGGUCUCAAGGGCCUCGAGAUGCUGGUGCUCACCUCCACGCCAGUGACACCCAAGGCUCUGCUGCACUUCAACAGUGUUUGCCGCAACCUCAAAUCCAUAGUGGUGCAGAUCGGAAUCGAGGACUACUUUGAGGAUCCCAACAGCCCCGAGGCCAGGAAGCUCUUUGAUGAGAUGGUCAACAAGCUGCAGGCCCUGAAGAAGAGACCGGGCUUCUCAAAGAUCCUGCACGUGAAGGCAGACAGCGUUUGCUAGCCCCGUCCGCGAGCUGUCGCUGUUCCAAGGGGUCCUUCCUGCCUCUAGCCUCCGGCGCGAAGGCCUUCAAACUGACCGACGCGACUACUGAACCAGGGCCAUGCCGAGCGACGCCAUGGGGGGGCGCUGCUGGCGACGCUCACUGAACAGGUGCCACCGGGAGCUUUCUCGGGAGGCCGCCUCACCCGCCACACACGCCGGAGGGGUGGCAUGGGGGCAUGGGGGGGUGCUGGCGGGCUUUCAGGGGGCUCUCGCGGCUUCACUGCGGAGGGGUGCUGACUGACUGCAGACAGACCGUUGCCGCACGCUUUGCGUGGCUACCUGGACCGCAGACCUCCUCUCGAAAUAGCACAGAGCAAGCUGCAUCUAAGUGCAAAAAAAAAAAAACAAAACAAAAAAACCAGUAUUCCACCAAAAUCAGAUGUUUUUUAAAAACAUGGAGCCUCGCGGAUGGCGUUUGAAACGCUUUUUAUGGAUAUGAACAGAGCACAUUCUGACGAACGCACACACCCAGACCCCUUCCACCCUUCCCCGGAAGCUCCCUCACACGACCUCGGUGAUGGUCCCAGCCAUGCGUACGUGUGUGUGGGAGCGGUGCGCGUGUGUAUUGUGUUUCUUGUACAGUACAGGACUUUUCUGGAAUGUCUGGGCAACAACGAAUACUGCACAAUUUUUAAUAUUACUUUCAGAAUAUACUAUCUGCAUGGUAGCUGUUACCAUAUAGCGUCGACCUAUAGGCAGUUUUGUACAGUAAGUCAUAGGUGCCAUACCAUACCAUACCAUGCCAGCCACCUAUAUGGACAGUAAUGCAGAUUUCGAUGAAUAAUAAUCAAAUAGCAAUUAAUUCCAAAGGAAGUACACUGGCUCCUCAUGUUACCAACAACUGAUGUACAAUUUUCCAAAGUUCUGAGCAUUUAGUAUUUAUUUAUUUAAAGUGACCUGUAUGUACCUGUCCAGCCAAUAGAUGGCAGUACAGCGCAUUCAACCGAAGGAGUGGAGGACUAAUUCAGCUCACUUCUGCAGUUUUUACACCUCUUCCCUGCUGUUCCUCGGUGAUUAAUAACAACAUGGCGAACGUUGCACGUGUUCAUGGGGCGAAUGGUUUAACAGUUGUCAUUGCAUAGGACUUUCUGGAAAGGAUAUUUUAUUUUUCUCUCCUUUUAAAUUAGUUUCAAUGUGUCUGAA